AUGUACAUCCUCCAUGAGGGCCCCGGAGCCUGGGACGGUACUAUCAUCAACCGAAAUAACCCUCAGCGCCGAGAUGUCAUCCAGGUUCAGGGCAACGGCCAUGUGGUGAUUCAGUUCGACGCCGGUGACAACCCAGGUGUCUGGCCCUUCCAUUGCCACAUCGCUUGGCAUGUGUCCGCCGGCCUCUUGGUCCAGUUCCUCACCAACCCGGACAAGGUCAAGAAGUACAGGAUCCCUAACAUCGUCGCUCAGACCUGCCGCGAAUGGGGCAAGUGGACGAACACCAAUAUCCCGCUCCAGAUCGAUAGUGGUCUGUAA